CCUUUUCACCAUCAGAAAUUUACUCUAUUGGUUUCCUUAAAUACUUGUUAGAAGAUGUCAGGAAGAGGGAAAGGAGGAAAAGGAUUGGGAAAGGGAGGAGCCAAGAGGCACAGGAAGGUGCUUAGAGAUAACAUCCAAGGUAUCACCAAGCCUGCUAUUCGUCGUCUUGCUCGUCGAGGUGGUGUCAAGCGUAUCAGCGGUUUGAUCUACGAAGAGACCAGAGGAGUCCUCAAGAUCUUUCUCGAGAAUGUCAUUCGUGACGCUGUUACCUACACAGAGCACGCCAGGAGGAAGACUGUCACUGCUAUGGAUGUGGUUUAUGCUUUGAAGAGGCAAGGUCGCACUCUCUACGGUUUCGGAGGUUAAAUCGACGGAGAUGAGUAAAUCCACGACUGUUGUAUCAUUUUCUGCUGUGUUGUUAGCCAACAUUAUGUUAAAUUAAUCUUAAUCAAAAGUUGUGCUGUGAUAA